AUGGCUUCAACACACGACAUUCAUCCGUCCCUCGACGAGUCGAUGCUCAAGUUGCAUAUCGACGAUCGUUCAACAGACCUAGUCCCACGGCCGAGUUUGACAGAAGCAGUAGACACUUUCCGCCAAGCUGUUAUAUCUCUGGGAGAUGACUAUAGUCAUGAUAUUUCCAGCCUCUUGGAUCACUUUGAGGAAGCUAUAAAGCAGAUCGUCAAAACCAAUUUCGAGGAAAAGUACAGCCAUGGCUUUGUCUCCAUUCCAGACAUUGCAAUGGAGUGUCUCAAGGAAACUGCCAGCCUCGGCAAACUGGACCCUCAGAGCUACUGUCUCAAGUGUCAGAGUGAAGAUCCCAACUGGGCUUUUGGGUUCAACUCUAUCAAACCCGGAAUGCGUUCUGCGGAGGGCUCCACAGAGUCGGACAGAUGGGAGUACAUGCGCGCUCGAACCUUGAACAUGGAUACCAAAUGGACAGCCUUCUGGCGGCAGGUAGUGCGAAGACUUCCCCUCUCACCAACGCUGUUUGCCAUACAGGAGAACACAGAGAGCAAAUGGAACUACCGGGACCUUCCACGCUAUCUAUUUCGGGUUUACGACAUCAACAGCUCUGGUAUCAACACGCCGAGGGUUUUAGCAUCACCCCAAAGCCAGUAUGGUAACCCCGAAGACUCCGCCACUGACAUUCUAUCACUGCCAGGAGGAAAAGCGACACGGAUGCUCUACAACCAUCUUGCAAAGGUUUCUAGAGCUCAGGCUCUCCAGUCCAUUGAUAACUUCAUGUCCUGGAGCAGCUCCCUGAUGUUUGUGAUUCAGUACGCCAUGUGGAGAUCUGAAACUCUACAUACGCCUGCCUCUGAUUUGCAGAUCUGUAUGGUAGACACAAGAGACUUCCCCCGUGGGCAGUUUGCGAGAGACAUGUGGCUGAUCCGACACUACCGCCCUUCAGUGCUCACGGAACCACAACAAGAAUUUUUCCAUUCUCGCCUGGAGAGCCCUGAUCAUGACAACGGAGAGUUCCUGUCUCAAGGUAUGGUCAAUCUUCGCAACAAAGCAUGCUUUUUCUCUUUGCAAGACCUGAUGUCCGCUGGGAUCGACACUCUGCAUCCAAUGUUCAAGGGAGGUCCCUAUUACGGGGUGCAGUGGACAGAUCGCAUGCUUGAUCUCCGCUCAUUCUGCAACUGGGAAACUUACCUAGAGGAAAAGGAGUUUUGGAAAGCCCAAGAAAUUGCGAAGAAGAUUUUCUCGAAGUUUGAUGUGAUGGAUAUCACAUUGUUGCUUCUGAGCUUCCGCAACUACAAAUUCAAAUGGGAAAUUCCGGAUAGACAUAUCUGGGCAGGUGAAGGUGUUGUCGAACCGGCCGAUGUCCAUCGCUACAAGAGGUGGACCGCAAUAUGGGAGGCUUCUCGUGAAAGCUUGAAGCAGCCUGAAUCCCUCAGAGAGUUCUUCAUGUGGAAUGAGGACUACGAUAUCACGAAACAAGACAUCUGGUAA